CGAGCCGGCGGCAGCUCACCUCCCCUCAGUCCCGCUCGGCAGCCGCGGCGGCAGCAGCAGCAGCAGCAGCAGCAGCAGCCGGCGCCUGGGUAGCGGUGCCGCCUCCUCCUCCUCUUCGUUCUCCCCCCCCCGACCCCCCCAGGGCACGAUGCAGUUUAUGUUGCUUUUUAGUCGCCAGGGGAAACUGAGACUCCAGAAGUGGUAUGUCCCAUUAUCUGACAAAGAAAAGAAGAAAAUCACAAGGGAACUUGUUCAAACAGUAUUAGCCCGCAAACCGAAAAUGUGCAGCUUCCUGGAAUGGAGAGACCUGAAGAUUGUCUACAAAAGAUACGCAAGCCUCUAUUUCUGCUGUGCUAUUGAAGAUCAGGACAACGAACUAAUAACUCUGGAAAUAAUUCAUCGCUAUGUAGAACUUCUUGACAAGUAUUUUGGCAGUGUAUGUGAACUUGAUAUCAUCUUCAAUUUUGAAAAAGCCUAUUUCAUUCUGGAUGAGUUCCUUUUAGGAGGGGAAGUUCAGGAGACUUCCAAGAAAAAUGUUCUCAAGGCCAUUGAACAGGCAGAUCUUUUACAGGAGGAAGCAGAGACCCCACGUAGUGUACUUGAAGAAAUUGGAUUGACAUAAAUCUUCACUUCAGCUGAUGACAUCUCAGUGUUUCAUACUGUAAAUGUUCACUGCCUUCAUUGUAAUGUUUAGCUAAUGGUGUAAGAUGCUGUUUGUCAGUAUUACUGUUUUGCUAAGCUGCUUCAUUCAGGCCUACAAGAAAAAUACUCCUUUGAAAAGUGAACAAGGAACUAAAGUCCAGAAAUCAUAAAUGAAAGGGAAUUAGAUUUAAAUUGACUCAGUGUCUCCCUUCACUGCAUUUAUAGGAAAAUUGCAUUUGACUUCAAUAAGCGUACUGUUUUUUAUAAGCAAACUUGACUUCAGGAAAUAAAUGUAUCAUUAUGACAUAGCAUAUCUAAAUGAAAAGAAACUACAUGGACAACUCCAAAUGUGAGAUGUUAUGGUGUAGAAAUUGUGUUUAUGCAACCAAAGACUUUCGUUCAUCUACAUUUUAGUCACCACUUGUGAUAAUUCUGCUUGUUUCAGUUGAUGCAUAAAGAUUGGAAAUACCUGUUUACUACUGAAUUUGUCAUUAUACCAAAGAAUCCUCUUAGGAUCUGCAUAUCAAACUGGUAACAACUGUUAAGGUGAUACUGCUUUUUGCAAGAAAACUGCAAACUGAUCAACUCACUAGAAAUGAAGGUGUAUUAAAGUGUAGCUACAUUGAGCAAAACUGUGCAAGUUACUAUGCUAAAAAGGGAAUGCAUGUAGUAGGGAAAAAAAAAAAAGGAAAAAUCCAAACAUGGAGACUGUUUUUAGAUCAGAUAUUAGCUUGCUCUGAACAUAAACACAAGGAGGGGGGUAGGCUUUCUGACACUAUAGAGAGGUGCAUAAUGAAAAUUGGAUACUUUUGAAGAUGGGAAAGGAGGAGCUUUACAAAAGGGACUUACUAUCUUUCAAACUCUACAAAUUAAUUUGUAUUUAUUGGUGUUUUAUAGUUAUGCUUUACUGGGUGUAUAGGUACCUUUAAAAGGAAAAAAAACACACUAAGUGUCAAUGUCAUUUUAACUGCUUUUCUUGACUUACACCUUUAACAUGUGGUGCAUCCCUAUGAAGCUCCUGUGUGAUAGGCAGUUGAACCACCUGAUUUGCAGUGAGAGCUUUUAAAUAUUAGAUUUGUAUAGUAGGUUCACUGCAAACCAUGUAAAGUGGUAUCAAGUAAUAUUUUGACACUUCUAGUAGACUUUCAGUAACUAUAAACUGAAUUAUAAUUCCCCUGUUUCACUUGAAGAAAUUUGAUUCAUGUAUGCUUUUGAGUUUUGAGGCAGUAGUGCCACACUUUGGAGUAGCCAGGUUCUGCUGUGUGUCUGCGUGGUCCCUGAGAAGGCGGGGCUGUUCCCCUCCCCAGCACCUUCACUCCCGCAGUCAAUGUUUUGGCUUGUUCACUGGAGUAAGCAGUGCCACGUUUUCACAAAACCUAGCUUUGGCGUUGUUGCUGGAAGCUGUCACGCACUGCUAGGGUAAGCAUUUACACAGCCAUCUGGAGAGCUAGACUGUGAGCUUGAUGCGAUCUGAGUUGGAUUUAACCCACCAGGAAAGGCUCAGCGUUGCCGCUUGCAAGUCCCCUGAUCCAGAUCCGGGUAUAAAUGCUUGUGGGAGCAGAAGGGCCUGCUGGGGCAGGGGUGGGUCUGCAGGCUUCUGGGGCAGUGCCAGGGUGGGGCCUGUGAACUGAGGGUGUUAGAACUUGUCUACUUCACGCCCUGUGAACUCACCGUGUUAGAACUUGUCUACUUCACGCCCUUUCUGGGAUUUAAACAUACCAGAUUGCUAGAGACCGUUUUUAUCCUAGGGCACGCAAAAGCAGUGGUUGGCAUUUCCCCAGUGCACAACAUGCAGGGAUAGGUGAGGAUAAAGUGGUAGCAGAAUGACCCUGUGUGUGAGAUUGAAGUGGUAAAAUUACCUUAGUUUGAGUCAAACCCGAAGCAAUUUUGUAUGUAUUAAACAUGUUUUUAAAGCUUACACUGUCACUUGUAUGUGCUUGGCUGGAUUAAGCUUUGUUGUGAUUGUGACAAAUAAACUGUUUGAGCUCUGUCUGUCGCAUUGGUUUAGUUGUAAUAAAUGUCCAUUUUUACACCAUU